AUGGAUCUAGAAUCUGGCGGCCCGUGCUACACCUGUCGGAAUCGUCGCAUUCAAUGUGACCAGACAGGGGUGCCGUGCGCGAAAUGCCAGAAGGCUGGCCUGGAAUGCCUCGACAAACGGCCAUUCCGAUGGGUUCAAGGCGUGGCUAUCCGCGGGCGAAUGCAGGGCCGAUCGUACGACGCCAACAAAGAGACAGCGGCCACUGCUGCUGGGAAACGGAUGGUGUUGAAAACUAAUGCCACUCGGAGGGGGCCCCGGAAAGCGGAAGACCAUACUAUCCUCGAUACGGCAUCUUUACCUGUCGUUCUUCACGAUCCUUCAACUUUACAUUUGGAUCGCAAAUCCCAGUACUACAUUGACUAUUUUAAUGACCGAAUAUGCAAAGUUUUUAUUUUAUAUGACAGCAACCGGAAUCCAUUAAGAAGUCUGAUUCCCAUGGGUUAUCAAGAUCCGGUUCUAAUGAAGGCUCUUCUUGCGCUUGCGGCCCGUCACCAUGUCAAUACGGGCCACUCAUUCCAUCAAACUGAAUUGCCGGCAUCUUCCUCAUUGCAGCUUGCCAAUGCGAACCAGGAUGCCCUCUCAUUUAAACACCAAGCCAUGGAGGCAUUAUCGCACUCUCUGCGCGACACACAGUUGAGCAAAAAAGACACUACCGUUGCCAGCAUCUUCCUCUUGAUCUUUCUAGAUCUUCUCGAAUCUGGCAGUGAUGGCUGGAAUUUUCAUCUGCAGGGGGCUAAAAAUUUAAUCGCAUCUACUUUCUCGCAUCCCAAUUCGGAGACGAAUAUUAAUCAGGGGCCUGGACAAACAAUCGAAGAAAUUCGAGGCUUCAUCAUCAAACAAAUUUACUUUAUUGAGACACUUGGAGGGGCAUUCCUGCGCCCUAAAUUAUUAACUCAAAACUCAUCCUUCGACCACCAAAAAGAGAAAUACCAAGAGGCGAUCGAGGCCUCCUUUCUCGGAUGUCCCGAGUAUAUACUGACGGCAAUUCAACGGCUUUCUGUGCAAAGGGACAGCAUUGCCGAAUCUCAACGGCCACUUGAUGAGAUCUCCACCAACACCUAUUUGAAGGACACAGCAUCAUUAAUCGAAACCAUUAAAGGCUUCGACAGCUACGCCUGGGCCACAAAUCUUCGGCGAUCCAGGAGCUCUUCAUCCCAAGAGAUCAUAGGCCUGUGUAACUUAUCCGAAUCAUACAAACUUGGUGCUCUUCUCUACGCAGGACGCAUCGUGGAUGCCCUGACUGAAGAGUCGAUCGAACAAAACCAUCUGAUCACAGAGCUUCUUGGCGUGAUAGAGUCUCUGAAAGACAACCUCGAAAUAUUCAAAUGCAUUUUGUGGCCAAUGUUUGUGGCUGGCUUGGAGUGCCAAUGGCAGGCCCAGAGAGACUUUCUCAUCGAUUGCAUUGAGAAAUUCUGGGACAUCACCAAUUGUUUGAAUGCAGUUAAUGCUGCAAAGAUGCUGCAGGAAUACUGGCAGAAGGAAACUUCUACAGAAGAUGCACAGUCACAAUGGAUAUUUAGCAUUGGAAGUUUGGAUCGAGACUGGCUUUGGCUUUAA